AAUGCCUCUGUGAUUGCAGUCCUUUGAGACAGUUUUGAUUAGAAAUGAGAUGCCUCCAGUAUACGUUCUAAAUUUCCUCUGCUCAUUUCCACUGGUAGAAAAGCCCGGAAUUGCCAUGUGUGUGGGCUGUGGGAGUCAGAUCCAUGACCAGUACAUCCUGAAGGUCUCCCCGGACCUCGAGUGGCAUGCAGCAUGUCUCAAAUGCGCUGAAUGCAGCCAGUACUUGGAUGAAACCUGCACUUGUUUUGUGAGAGAUGGCAAGACAUACUGUAAAAGGGAUUAUAUCAGGUUAUUCGGCAUAAAGUGUGCAAAGUGCAAGGUGGGAUUCAGCAGCAGCGAUCUGGUGAUGAGAGCCCGAGAGAACGUGUAUCACAUCGAAUGUUUCCGCUGCUCUGUCUGCAGCCGCCAGCUCCUGCCCGGGGAUGAGUUCUCUCUACGGGACCACGAGCUGCUCUGUCGGGCCGACCACGGCCUUCUGCUGGACAGGAGCUCGGCGGAGAGUCCCAGGAGCCCCGACCCCAGCGCUAACUGGAAUUGGUCGUUUCCCCCUCGCCCCGCUGCAGACUCCGUGCCCGGCCGCCAGCCCUCUCUCCGGCCCCACGUGCACAAGCAGACGGAGAAGACCACCCGCGUCCGGACGGUGCUGAACGAGAAGCAGCUGCACACGCUACGGACCUGCUAUGCGGCCAACCCGCGGCCUGACGCGCUGAUGAAGGAGCAGCUGGUGGAGAUGACCGGCUUGAGCCCCAGAGUCAUCCGGGUCUGGUUCCAGAACAAGCGCUGCAAGGACAAGAAGAAAUCCAUCCUGAUGAAGCAGCUGCAGCAGCAGCAGCACAGCGACAAGACAAGUCUGCAGGGCCUGACCGGGACCCCCCUGGUGGCCGGGAGCCCCAUCCGCCAUGAGAGCGCCGUGCAAGGCAGCGCGGUGGAGGUCCAGACCUACCAGCCCCCGUGGAAAGCGCUCAGUGAAUUCGCACUGCAGAGCGACCUGGACCAACCUGCCUUCCAGCAGCUGGUAUCCUUUUCCGAAUCUGGCUCACUGGGUAACUCUUCUGGCAGCGAUGUGACCUCCUUGUCUUCCCAGUUACCUGACACUCCCAACAGCAUGGUACCCAGUCCUGUGGAGACGUGAGACCAGCAAACCCCCCAGCGGAUUUGGACUUUCGCAUGCUCCUGCUCCCUGCAUGAGACAAGCCCAGCCUCAGGCUGGCCCAGAGCUCCAAACAAAACUUUUUAUAAAAAUAUUAUUUAAAAACAAACAAAAAUAUGUCUUGACUGCCAAAAAGCACCAGGAUUCUAGCUGCCUUCACCAGACUGGAGAGAACUCCCCUCCCCCUUAUUUUUUUCCUUGCGGAUUUUUUGUUCUCCCCAGAGGAAACGUGGAUUUACUAAAAUUAGCCCCCAAAUCACCUACUGUAUAAUGGUAGUUUGUACAUUUUUUUUUGUUUCGUUUUCCUUUUUGGAAGAAAAAAGGAUCUUUUGUGUCUUCCUAGGACUGUUGGAAGCCAGUUAAAUCAUCUCAGCUCGAUGUUGUCUUUUGAGUAGUCAUCUCCAUCCCAGUGUCUCUCACAGCACCACAUCAGUGAGAUCAUUCCAUACUCCGCAUUAUCCCUGACUUGAGAACCUUGUCCUGUUUUGGGUGGGGGGAAAGGAACCCCCCCCCCCAAGCCGCAUGAUUGCUGGAAAACAUAUAUAUGGAAAUAAGACGUUUAUUGAAAAUGUUAAGUUAUCUUAUGGACGGAGGACAGAUUGUUUGAGCCUAUAAAGAACAAAAGUAAGUUAUUGUUAUUUAUUGUCAGAGCA